UUAAACACAAAAUUAGUGCUGCUGCUCAGACAGACAACAGCAAGACAACAUGGAGGUCACAGCUCUCUGCUGCAGACUGUUGAUGACUGUGACGAUCCUGCUGCGUGAACAUGAUCAGAAAGUUGUUGCAGUUUCUCUUCGUAUCGAUCCAAACAGACUGCAGUUCUUCGAAUAUGAGCGUGUAACUUUUACCUGCGAGGGGCUCUUUGAUUGUAAAAUUGGACAUAGAUCCAAAAGCAACAUACCACCAUCAUCCUGCAACAUAACAUCUGUAUAUUCAGACGACAGUGGGGAGUACUGGUGUGAGGCUGGAUUUGGGAAUAGAAGCUACAGUAUAAACAUCACUGUCACUGCGGGUUCUGUGAUCCUGGAGAGUCCCGCUCUUCCUGUGACGGAGGGAGACAAUGUGACUCUGCGCUGCAGAAACAAGACGCCCGCCUCAGACCUCACAGCUGGUUUCUAUAAAGAUGGCGUCUUCAUCAGGAACAGCACUACAGGAAACAUGACCAUCCACAAUGUUUCCAAGUCUAACGAAGGACUCUACAAGUGCAGCAUCUCUGGAGCUGGAGAGUCAGCAGAGAGCUGGCUGACUGUCAGAGUUUCAGCACAUUUCCCCGUCAAACAUCCGCUUUCCUCCAAUUCCACACCAUGGAUCAUAGUUGCUGUUGUUUCGGUGGUUCUGCUGUUGGUGUUCGGACUGUAUCACUUUCACAAAGAUUACUGGAACACAGCAGGUUUCUACCUGUCCACAGGGACACCUGGAUCAGGCUCCACUCAGGAUCAAACAGUAUCUGCAGGGGCCAGUGCUGAGGCUGCAGACAAUGAGGCAUAUGCUGUUGUAACAGUAAACAGGAAGAAGAGAGAUGAGAAUGAAUUUAUGUCUACACACUGUUACUACGUCCUGGGCCAGGAUGACGCUCAAGAGCCGGCAGAACCAGGAGCGUCCAGUAUCACAGCCUCAUCAGUUCCCUCAGCAGGUACCGACCCACCUGUAGAAGGAAAGGUCUUCUACUCUGUAGUCAAGAAGGUCACUGAGAGAGAAUGACUGGAGGAGGAGAAGACACAUUCACAGUUUCACUCACUCAACCUAAAUUAGCAACGUUGUGACGUGAGUGCAAGCGGCGAGCAGAACAGGCAUGCUGGGUAUUAUUUUUGUAAUUGUACAAGCUGUUUCAGCCCCAUAUGUGUUUAGUGUGUUACAAAUAUGUCAUUAUUUCUGCACAAAACUGUACUAAUAAUGGAAGAAUGAAUGUACUUCAUAUGUCAUUACUUUGACUAGCAUGUUGAUAAAGUGUUAGUGUAGUACAAGUACAACUGUCUGUACAUUCAUGAGGACAAUAAACAGUGAGUGUGUUCAUAUUUCACCAAUGAGCUUGACUAACACGGUUGUGAAUACAUGAGAAAUUCUCAGCAUUUUAAAAUGGACUAAUGUGGCUCAUCAUCAUACAGCGUUCAUCUGAGCUCUGCGUCUAUAUUUAAGAGGUGUCAGUUUCUUUCGGUCUCACGGUUGAACCACUUUGUUCCAUCAGCUCUGUGCAUGUGUUCACGAGAGAGCGGCUGCUGCAGCGUUCACACACUCACUCCCUGCGGUUGCAUCACGGUCGUGAAACAGACGCGCUGGGUUUGUGGUUGUCUCUGUCAGAUUCUCGUCAGCAGGAUGGAGCGGUACAUGUUUCAUGAAAGGCUAAAGGUCACGAAUGAGAGGUACAUAAAUAAACUAGUACAAUUAGAUAAUUGCAACUAUUUGGUCACGGUGACCUCACAAAACAUUUUUUAGCCAUUACU